GAGUGGGGAGGAUGCCCCCUCGCCUCCUCCCGCUCCCAUCCGGGAGAAGGUCCGGGAUGGAGGGAGAGGGACGGCCGGAUUCCGACCCGGAGGGAGAGGGGAUGGGCCUCUCGGAGGAGGAGGAGGAGGAGGAAGGCCUGCUCUGGGCGGCCGUGCCGUCCAUCACCUUCCUGGGCUUCGUCCUGCUGCUGCUGGUGGCCAUGUUCCCCGCCUGGGUGCGUCUGGAGCCCCCGGCCUCGCGGGACGUCCUCUACAGCGGCCCUUGGGGCGACUGCUUCCAGCGCCGGUGCCGGCCGCCCCGGACCCCCUCCGCCUACAUCCUCCUGGCCCGGGCGUUCCUGGUGGGCUCCGUGGUCCUGGCCUUCGCCCUGACCUUCCUGCUGGUCGCCUUCGCCUCGCGCUUCGUCCCGCCGCCGCCGCGGGCCCGGCACCUCAUCGCGGCCGGCCUGAGCUUCGGAACCGGGGCCUGCGUGGUCCUGGCGGGGCUGAUGCACGGCCUGCAGAUGAAGGAGUUGGCGCGGAGGCCCCGGGCUCCCCAUCUGACCUUCCUGUGGCCUUACUCGGCCCUCGCCAGUGCCCUCUUCCUCUUCCUGCUGACCGGUUUCAUCUGUCUGCUCAACCACCUGCCCUUCUGGCGGGGUCUUCCCGCCGCUGCCGACCCGGCCCCUUGGGGAAGCCGGAUGAGGGAGGUGGGUGGGUGGGAAGCCCUGGGGAGAACGUUCUGUAACCUCCCUGCCCCCGGCCUGGGUAAACUGAGGCCGGGCAGAUGCACGAUCGCCUUCCCUCUUGGACUUCUGGCUUCGGAUCCCUUGGGGGCUCUGCGCGUUUGUGUGUUUGUGUUGGAGGACGUGGAAGGACGGAGGCUGUGCUUCCAUGGUGGCGAUAACCUGGACCUCUGGCCCGGCUCCCUACACAGUGGGUAGCCAACACAGCACCCCGAGGGGGUCCAGCGCA